ACAGCGAUUCGUUUGUGCAUGCACUUCAAAUGGGUGAGUAAAUUCUCUGGUUUAGCUCGGUGUGCUGUAGAGUAGGUGCUUGUAGUGGUAUGUACAAAAUUCAAACGAUUUUCUGUGUACAUGUAGCACCAUCUGUCAUCAAUUCAACGAACGCUGCAUGAACAACUGAAUGAGUCGAAGUGUGUUUGACAGAAAGUGAUUUGUUUUAAAACGCCAUUCAAUCAUCAUUACCGCGCUUAAGACGUCUUGCGCCAAAUUUCGCAAUAAUAAGUAUUUCUCUUUGUUUUCGUCUGUCGAAUCAACAACGUUAUGCAGCUUUUUAGUUAAACAAAUCAAAUCGAAAACACACACUCGAAACAAUUCUAAAGGACGGUAUAUUUGCACUCAAUAACACAUUCAAGCGCGAAGAUAGCGUUUCAGUGUAUCGUUUGUCGUGUUCACACAAUUGUUAUUAAAACGUGAAUCGAAACAAUGUUUGGAGGAGGAGGUCCGAAAUUCGGGGCGUCGCCAUUCGGUCAAAAUCAACAAUCUAGCUUUGGUAAGCCAGCCGCAUUUGGAGCAAAUACUUUUGGACAACAAUCGACUCUGUUCCCGCAACCAGCAACGAGUGUGUUCGGUCAGCCAGCUGCUCCCAGUUUCGGAGCUCCUGCACCAACCUUCGGCCAAACGGCUACGACACAAUCGGCAUUUGGAUCGUUUGGACAGCCACAGCAACAACAACAGCAGCAGCAACAACAACAACCGACCACUUCUCUCUUCGGACAAACCCAAAAUGCACAAGCCAACACAUCAUUGUUUGGACAGGCGUCAACAUCGGCAGGCUUUGGUGCUCCAAAACCAGCUGGGUUUGGAUUCAAUACAAACCAAACAUCACUUUUCGGUCAACCAACUUCCACAUCGACAGCAAACACUGGUUUUGGCACGUUUGGCAGCACGGGAACAUCUGCAUUCGCACAACCACAAAUGAUGUCACAGGCGACUGGAACAGCGAUCGCAAAGUACCAACCACACACAGGAAUGGAUACAUUGAUGAAAAAUGGUCAAACCAAUAAUGUACAAACGAAACAGCAUUGCAUCACCGCAAUGAAAGAGUAUGAGAACAAAAGUUUGGAAGAAUUGCGUUUGGAGGACUAUGCAGCCAAUCGAAAAGGACCUCAGGCUGGUAGUGUUGGUCCACAGCCUGGUGGCAUGUUUGGAACCACACAACAGAAUACGAGCAUUUUUGGAGCGACAGUCUCUCAACCGCAGUCGACUGGACUGUUUGGUGCCCAGCCGACGACGAACACACUUGGAGGGUUCGGUAGCAGCACCGCCAAUACAUUUGGCCAAGCAGCACCUGCUUUUGGCGCACAAAAUCAAGCCACCAACCUAUUCAAUAAACCAGCGACGGCUGGUUUCGGUCAAGUUUCGACCACUUUCAACCAGCAACCCGCAAACAAUUUAUUUGGCGCAAAACCAUUUGGAACACCAACUACAACCGCUAGCACAGGGUUUACUGGUUUUGGAACACCGACUGCUAACACAGCUCAACCGUUCGGAGUAGCGAAACCAUUCGGCCAACCGACGUCUGGUCUUUUCGGCACCACGGCACCGGCGAGCGGAACAGCAUUUGGUGGCACUACCACAUCGUUUGUUACGGGCGGUUUUGGCCAAACGGCACCGGCCACAAGUCAACCGUCUAUGUUUGGUACACCAGCUAAUUCAGGUGGAGCAUUGUUUAGUCUGACUUCGUCCGCCCCGAAUACAGGUUUCGGCGCUUUUGGAAAUACUACGAAUACAGCAGCCGGUGGCUUAUUUGGACAAAAACCAGCCACUGGGUUUGGUGCGACAUUUGGCGCUACGCCAGCAUCUUCAGCUGCUACUGGUUUCAGUGGAUUGGGUACAUUUACGCCAGCAUCAGGUUCGGCAUUUGGAACAUUCGGCCAACCAAAUACAUUCAACAAACCAGCGACAACUGGAUUUACCGGAUUUGGAGCCACUUCAACGGCACCCUCUCUGACAGGAGGCCUCGGAGGACUUGGCACAGGCAUGAUGGGAUUCGGCGGAGCAAAUACCAGUUUACAGCAAGCACAGCCAACAUCAGUGCCAGUGCAUCAACACAUUUUGUCAUUAGCUACAUCUCCAUACGGUGACAAUCCAAUAUUCAAGGAUUUGAAGCCAUUGGGCAGUCUGAAUGAAGAUGCAUUGAAACCGACAAAUCCAGCGGCACAAAAAGCAAUCCUCGAAUCGUCGGCAAACCAAUACAAAAUUUCACCGAAAGUAUCAAACGGAUUGAAAGUGAUUCCAGUUACUUCGACUUUGUCAAAGAAAUCCUUAUUUGGAGGUUUGGAAGAGUUUGAUAGUUCGAUUGAAGAGAGUUUCAGUCUAAAACCGAAUGCCAAGCGGUUAAUCAUCAAGCCAAAGGCACCGACUGCUUCAAGUUUCACACCAAACGCGAAUAAUACAUCAUUGAAUAUUCCAAAAUCGCAAGAGACAAGCCCAAUUGUGUCAACGGAAGAGCGACGUUCAUCACAAUUGCCGACCAUAUCAUCGGAACCAGAAAACACCAGACGUGUAUCUUGGUUACAUUCGAAUUUGGAUAAAGUUUCGCAGCAAAAUCGUGGCGACAACGAAAUCAACACAACAAUGCAAGAUUUGGUAUCAUCGGGCAAAUCGAAAUCGGACAAGUUGAGCACAUCGCCAGGCAUUCUGCGUCAAGAUCCAAACCGUGCGAAUAUCUCAUCGUUGCAACACAAAAGUGUGCAUUUCCCCGGACUCAAUGCAAACGACAGCAUUUUAUCGACCAAAUCAUUUUUGGAUGAUACAAAUGCAGACAUAUCCCUUAUUAAUACGGAACCACAUCCGACUGGCAUAAUCUUGCAACGCUCGGGAUAUUAUACCAUUCCACCAUUGGAUAAAUUGACCGACUACUUGACCGAGGAUGGAAAAUGCAUUGUACCGAACUUUACAAUCGGUAGAAAGGGCUAUGGUAAUGUUUACUUUGGUGAACAAAUCGAUGUUGCCGGCUUAAAUUUGGAUGAGUUGGUACACUUCCGUCACAAGGAAGUCAUCAUUUACCCAGACGAUGAAAACAAGCCACCGGUUGGAGAAGGUCUGAAUCGCAAGGCUCAAAUAACAUUGGAUCAAGUCUGGCCGCAUGAUAAAACGUUGCACGAACCGAUUAAAGAUCGCGAACGCCUGGAUGAGAUGAAUUAUGAGGUGAAAUUGCGAGCAGUUUGUGAUAAACAUGAUACAAGAUUCGUGGAAUACCGCCCAGAAACCGGUAGCUGGGUGUUUAAAGUCGACCAUUUUUCAAAGUAUGGGUUAAGCGACAGCGAUGAAGAUGACAAUGCCGCCGAUGCGAAGAAGCUCAAACCAAAUUUACCGGGCAAAGAGGGUCUCAAAUCAAAAUUAACUGGCGCAAUCCCAAAGACAAACUUGAAUAAAAGUAAAGAGCAAUUUGCAUUGAAACGCGAUUCAUUAUUAUCAUUGCAUAAAUCGCAAAGACAUGGCGCAUACAAUGAAUUAUCUGAUGACCGUGAAAUGGAUUAUGUGAAUUUUAUGUCACCAUACAAUCAGUAUCCGGUGCAACCACAAAGCCCAUCUACUGAUUUAGCCAUGGAAAUGGGAACCGAUCCAACCAAAGUUCAAGUGAUGAGAGCCUCAUUUUUUGGUAUGAUUGAUGAUGAUGUCGAUGAAUUCGAAUCGAAAUCAGUUAACUAUGAAAACUAUGGAGAUCGUGACAGUCCAGAUCAAAUCGUUCCAAAUAAACGUCUAUUCACAUUCUCAUCCACGCACUCAUUGCUGUCGAAAGAAGUAUCCAGCACAACGAGUUCUAGUUCAAUUGAUACGCCCGUCUUAAGUCCACAAUUACCAAUCAUUCGAGAGAGUGAGAUAAGAAAAGCUGAAUUGCCAUCUGAGAAGAAGUUAAUCGCACCAAAAGCAUUCAAGCCAUUGCCACUGGUGCUGAAGCCAAAAGUGGCGACAAUCAGAGCUUCAGAUAAAUUCAUACCGCUUGACGAGUCAGUUCAAGCGAAACUGAAAAACAAGAGCAUUGCAUCUGAUGUUGCACUGUACCAUGGGCGUCGCUUUAGAAUCGGUUGGAGUCAUGCGAAUCGGCUCACCAUUUUGACGACAUCGUUGACGUGCAAAAAUCAAAAUCAAGUGACCAAUAUAAACGACCUAACCGCUUUAUUCGGUGGCCGAUCCAUAAACGAUACCUCAAGACCAGUGAUAAAACAACUAAAGAUAUUUUCACUGCAACCAAACACUGAAACAUUUGAAGCAUCUAUUGAGAAUCAUUUGCAAUGUCAGUUGAAAUUUUCUCAAAGACAAUCGGUCAUUGACACUGAUUGUCCAUAUUAUGCGCCAGUAAAUGGAACGGAGGCACUACAACAGCAUUAUUUGUUGGCUGAUCAGAACUUUGCCGAUAUGCCAUUGAACGAGUUUCAAAAGAUAAGUCUUAACGUAUGGUCAUUGCUGGUCACACUUUGGGGCUAUCAAGAGGAGUUGGAGGACGUUGCCAAUGAUGACCAUUAUGCUAUAAUGCUGCGUCGUGAUUUGUUCUCUAAGUGGAUUGAAGAUACGGUCACCGAUAAAGGGCUAUUGAGUCGAACCGAGUCACAAGGGAACUAUCUACAAAAUUUGCUGAAACUGUUGACGGCACACAAAGUGAACGAAGCAUGUGAUCUCGCAUUCAACAACGGCGAUAUGAAUUUGUCACUUUUAUUGGCGCAGACGGGCAGUGGUAAUGUGGUUCGUGCUUUGGUGGCAAAACAGCUUCAAUCAUGGCGCGAAACUGAAGCUGAUAAAUUCGUUGAUGUUCAUCGUCUGAAGGCAAUGAUGCUCUCAUCCGGCAUGCCAACGUAUGAAUCAUCACAAGGAUUAGUGAAUAUUUAUGAAGAUUUAGAUUGGGUGAAAUCAUUGGCGAUAAACGUUUGGUACUUAUGCUCACCAACCGCUUCAAUCACCGAUGCUUUGCUGAAGUACGAAGAUGCAACCGUUGUGAAUGCAGCCGCCCCUUCACCGUCUUAUGUGAAAAACUACGAUGCAGGUAGCAACAUGGAUCGGGUCCAAGAUAUUCGUUAUCACAUUCUGAAAUUGUACUCAAAGCGCAGUCAUUCGUUGGAAAAACUAUUGAAUCCGGCUACGCACAGCGCCGACUUUAUGGACUUCCGUCUCAGUUGGCUUCUAUUGCAAGUGCUCAAAAGCAUCGGUUAUCAGCAUUGCUCACCACAAUCCGAAGCUCAGUUGCACGUUUCGUUUGCCAGCCAAUUGGAGAAUUACGGUCUAUGGCACUGGUCGAUUUUUGUAUUGCUUCACAUUCCAAACAAGCCACAGCGUGAAUUGGCGAUUCAGGAAAUUUUGUACCGCUACAUUGAUCUAACAAAGAAUGAAAAAUACAAAGAGAAGGAAUCAUUUAUCGUGAAUCAACUCGGAAUACCGGAGAAAUGGAUUUACUGGGCCAAAGCAGUUAAAGCCGGCGCAUCAAAACAGUAUCGUGAACAGGCUGACUACUUGCUCAAAGCAAAGCAAUGGGCUCUCGCACACGAAGUAAUCAUGGAACAGAUCGCACCAGAUGCAAUCAUUAAUGAUAAUACAAGAUACAUAAAGGACUUGUUAGAUCGAUUCGAGGAUCCACGCUUGGUACCAAAUUGGGCCAAUCAAGGCAUGAUCAUUUUGGAUUAUCUUGAUAUGAUUGCAAAGAUCGAAAGUCUAAAGACGAUCCAUGAGCGUGAUAUCGAAACACGUUGGGAAGGUUUGAAGCCGCAAUUAUCGGAGUUAUGUUCACGCAUCAAUCUGUUUCCAUGUCCAACAUCAAAACAUCGCUUGUGCCAAAGUGAAAUUGCACAGGGUUUGGCCAUUCUGGUCAAUGGCAUGGAAAUCCUAUCAUCUGAUAUUAAUCCAUGUUUACUCGUGCAUACUGCAUUAGAAAAACUACCAUUACCCGAGGAGUAUGCGAAGCAAAAAAUGCGUUCACUUCUGGACAACAGCAACCUUAUUGAAAUGCUGCAAAACGAUGAUAAUUAAUUCAAAUACAAAUUCGUAAAUUCAACACAAAUCAAUGCAACCAUUUUAACUUAAAAGAAUAAGCAAUUUCGAUGAAAACAUUUUCGUAACGAUAACGAUGUUAAUUGAGAAAUUAAAAUAUAUGUAAGAGCUUUGUUUUGUAAGGUGAUCAUGCGAUUUUUAUAAAUUGAAAAAAGUAAAAAUGACUGACAGGGACAUAAUUGAUAUGGAAAAAAUGUAAAAAAAAACACACACACACACACACACACACAUAAUAAUUUUAGAUUUUCUCCACCUCCAUUUCAUUAGGAUAUUUGUUAUCAAAAUAGACUAAGAUUAUCUAAGACAAAAAAAAAAUUAAUAGUAUUUUUUUUUUUGAAAAAAAAAACAUUGUUUUCUUAUAACAAAACCAUCGAUUGUUAUUACAAUUCAAGAGAAUCUUGUUUUCGGUUGGAUACAAAAGAGAGGGUGGAAAAUAGAAGGAAAAUACCAUUUAACUUAAUCGUAAUAAAUAUGUUUUUGUUAAAGAACUGAAUCAUGAAUAAAUUUCGGAAAUAAAUCAUAAACUACGAAGAUGCA